CCGAGAGAUCGCGAUAGACUCGUUCGUUUCCGCGUAGAUGAGUGCGUAGUGCGUGCGGUUUGUUAACACCGCCCGUUCUUUGAAGGCCUUGGUUGCCGCGAUGCUCUUCUUUGUCGGCGCGCUCGCCCUGAUCGGCGUCUUCCUGCUGGCGAUUUUCAGAUGGCGACAGAGGCAUUUCGCUUACUUCAAAGCUCUGGGAAUACCCGGCCCCGAACCGAGUCUGCUAUGGGGAAACAUUCGGGAGUAUCACGAAACGCAUCAUCACAAGGUUCUCGAGAAGUGGCUGGCAAAGUACGGCGACACUUUUGGAUUUUACGAUGGAGAUGUGCCUUUUGUUGUGACAAAAGACUUGGACUUCUUGGAAUACAUUUUGGUUCGGAACUUCCAAAACUUCACGGAUCGGGGGAGAGGAAUGGUGAUGGAGCAAAGUCAUCCUCUUUUGGGCAACGCUAUUGUCCACGCUGAAGGCACCCAGUGGAGAAACGUACGACGAUCUCUUGCACCCGGUUUCACCCCCGCAAAGCUAAAGCAGAUGAUGACAAGUCUGAAGAACGGCGCGAACAUAUUCCUGGAUAUUGUCGGAGAGCACGCCGACAGUGGUCGUGAAGUGAACGCGUACCCCAUCUACCAAAAAUUAACCAUGGACUACGUGGGUCGUGCAGCAUUCGGCGUCGACUUCAGCUUCCAGAGAGGACCAGAAAGCGCCCUCGCGGCCGCCGCCAAAGCGGUGCUGAGAGGGAUCAUGAAGGGACCCGUUCACUUCAUCUGCCAAAGUACCUCUACACUGGGUGCAGCUGUAAAGCCCCUUUACUGGAUCAACAUGCUUUUCGGCGCCUACGCCGCAAUAGCUAUGACAAAAGAAACGGCGAAAGUGAUCGAACUCAGAAGAAAAAACCCAGAAUUACGAAAGCCCGACGUGCUUCAAAAUUUGCUUGAUGCUGAAUAUCUCGAAGACACCUCCAAGAUUGGCAACGGAACAUCAGAGAAUGGCAAAGGACCAGUGAACGUUUUCAAAAGACGUGCGUUGACGACGGAUGAAGUUCUCGUGAGCGCUUCUGCAUUGUUCGUCGCAGGGUAUGACACGACUUCUACGUCACUAAGUUAUAUCACGUUCCUCUUGGCAAAACAUCCAGAUGUCCAGGACAGAGUUCGGAAAGAAGCCAACGAUGCCCUUCCCAGUAAUGAAGAUUUGGACUAUGAAACCAUUACGAGGAAGCUGCCGUACCUAAGUCAAGUCAUCAACGAGACUCUUCGCUUGUACCCGCCAGUGCUUACGUUCGUAACAAGAAAGGCCAUCGAGGACUUUGAGUACAACGGCGUGCGUUACAAGGCCGGAACGUGUUUCAUGUCUCCGACACUACAGAUCCACAGGGACGCACGAUACUGGCCUGACCCACUGACCUUCAAUCCGGACAGGUUUUCUCCGGAAAAGGAAGGCAGCUUCCGCAAGGUAGCCCACCAGCCUUUCGGCGUGGGACCACGAAAUUGCAUCGGGAUGCGCGCGGCUCAGAUGUCGUUGAACUUCACAAUUGCGCGGUUGGUUCAACAUUUUCAACUCGAGCUGGGACCUUCGCAGGGAGAGGGAUCCCUGGACAUGGUUUCCCGCGCUGUGGUUUCGGCACCAAGCGUCGGUCCCUGGAUCGUCUUUAGGCGGUUGUGAACGUCGCACUGAAGAUCAAGCUUCGUGCGUUUGCUCAGGGACAACCAAGAAAGUCACCGACACACACAAGACGUCCACGGCGAGCGAAAGCGAAAUACCUACACCUGGUGCCGUCGUGAAGUCAUCAGGGAGUGAACUCUGUACCUGCUCGAGUACCAAGAUAUGCACGCCAUGUCACAAUGGUGUGGCGAGUCUCAGUUCUGCCGGAUAAGCUAGCUAUUUUUAAACGCGAACAGGAAAGCUCCCUUGAAA